GGUUGGUUGGGCUGCAGAGGGCGCAGCGCGAGCGAGCGAGCUCGGGGCGAGCAGAGGCAGAGAGGAGAGAGGGAGAGGGAGAGGAGUCCGGACUGCGAUCACUUGGUUUAAUGUCCUCUCCUUCAAAAUUCAUCGUCGCCUCCCCUCUGCGCGGUUAACCGUGUUGCCGAGAGGGAUCGUGUGGUGAAAGAGGAGGCGCGGAUGAGUGGCAAGAAGCCGCCGGAGGACAUGGAGCGGUAGAGUGUGUGGGGGGGGGAGCGCCCCGGGCACGGCAGUCGUGCAGCAUGAGCGCAGAAAUAAAGAAGCCACUGGUGGCCCCUAAACCUCGAUUUGUUUUGGUUAAGAAGAAGCCGCCACCUCCAGUUGCUCCAAAACCAGAUAUCAUAAUUUUGGAUUCUUUAUCAGCGCACAAGGGAUUAAAGCCUGCUCUCGCACCAAAACCAGUACUGCCAAAAACUACACCUGUGGCUGAAGUGAAACCAACACCACUUCGAAAUUAUAAAUGCUACGGGGAAAUUAAAAAUGACCUGUGUGAAAAUGUGAAGUGUUCCGUUUCCCAAGAUGAUGGUGAUGGAAUGCAAAAGGGAGAUUAUGAUCAGUACAUCAUAUCAAACUGCUUAUGUAAAACUGAAUGUGAGCAUAAAUAUAUAAAUGGUGAAAAUAUUGACAAAAGCCAAACAGUCAUUGAACAUUUGGCUAAACUGAGACUUAUGGAACCUAACAAAAAAUAUGACCAAACAAAAUAUUCUCCGAGAGCAAAGCACAGGCCAGAGACCCAGUGCAGUGACAUAGUCAACAAACACCAGCUAAUUAGCAAAACUGAUUUCCGGGAACAGAAAUUUAAAGAUGUCUUAACUCAGGUUGUAACACCAAAUAAUUAUCUUCCCAGACAGAAGGAUGCACAUGGUGAUGGGAAUGUUAAACUGCUCAGUAGCAACAAUGAGCAAAGUGAACUCUUCAGUGCUGAUCAAAAUAUAAGUUCCAGAAGAAGCAUAGGAGAAGCCUUUACGGACAAUGACAAUGAUAUUACAAUUGCUGAUUAUCAUGUGGUGAUACAAAAUGGAAAGAAAUGCCAUUCUCCGGGAACUGACCACAAGGAGAGGGUGUAUAACAGCCAGCCGAAAGUUUCUAAAAUGGAUAAAUUGAUCUUUCAGGAUUCCAAUUCUUUAAUUCCAGCUCCAUCAUUCAGCUCAGUGCCUUGCACCAAACCAGUUCCUAUGCCAAAGCCAAAAAACGCACGCCUGGUUGGUCUUAUCAGGCAAAAAUGUAUUGAUGACUGUGUGGAAAAUGCUGUGGAUCCCAAAAUGACAUGCACGGAUACAUUUUCCGAAGCUCCAGAUGGAGCUCUUUUAGAUUGCAAGAAAUCAUUUGUUCCCUUGAAUACUUGCGUUGCCUCCAAAUAUAACAAUUCAAAUCAAACUGCUAAUGCAUCCUUUCAUGGGAAUAUUGACGAGUCUAGUCAGGUAAAAGAGUCUUGUGGUCAAAGUAGUCUUUCUUCCACCAAACCACUUCUGGGCUCUGUCUCUAAAGUCAGGCAAUCUUCAGAUUUACAAAAUAAAAGUAAAAUAGAACAAAUAAAGACAGACUUAGAAAAUGGCAACAGAACAUUACCAGCAGACACAAAGAGCAGCUUUAUUCGAAGUACUUCACUCUCUAUGAGCUUGCCAAAGUAUUUCAGUUUGUCAUGUGCUGAGAAAACGCCUGAGUCAAACAAUGAGACUGCUUCAAAUAUUAAAAAAGUAACUACCAGUGAAGAAAUAUCUAGAAUGAAAAUUUCUCCAAAGGCUGUUCCAAAAAAACCACAGCGUCACAGCCUACCAACAGCUGUUGUGAUUAGAAGAGAUGUAUCAACAGGUAGUCCUACAGAUUCAAGUGGAACAAUAGAAAAUAAUUCAAAAGAGGGACUUAACAGAUUAUUCAGCCGAGACUCGCAAAUGUCCAGUUAUGAGCAUGAAGCAAUUUGUCCAAAUGAGAAACCUGUAUGGAAACUUGCACAUCCCAUUUUGCCUUUUCCACAGUGUCCUACCACAGUGGCAGUAUCAAGUACUUCACAAAAAAAGGAAGCAUUUACUGCAAAGCCGAGAGCUAAAUCCUUCUCAUCUGCAGAUGCUGUAAAACAAGAGAAGUCUGCAAGAGUGUCUUCAAAGAAAAAUUCAUUUAAGAAGAUCCUUGGAAUUAAACUCUCUACAAAAAUGAAGAAUGACAUUCACAAAUUUCUGGCAAAAGGGAGCUGUUCACUGGACAGCAUGUCACCAGUACCUAAUUCUGAAAAGAAUAACCAAGAUGACCAUCAGUGCUUCCCAGGAUCUCAGAUGGAUGGUCGGAAAAACCCCCCCACAAAAGCACAUUCUGCUGAUUCCUGCCUUCCCACUGAAAAGAAAGGUCACAAACUUAAAAAUCGCUCAAAACUGUCAAAUGAUUUUACUGCACAGCAAGAGUCUUGUAUGGAGAUGCAAACAAAAUGCCCAGGGAAUUCUAAACAAUUAAAUAAAUCAUUGUUUCCUUCUUCUAAAUAUAAUAAUAUAAGCACAAACUUUGACUGGAAAAGUUCUUCAAGUGUUGAAGACUCUGAUACAUUCAUUUAUGAGAUAGAACCUUAUGCAGUUUCAAACUGCUAUCAGAAGUGCAGAGCAAGCCCAAAGAACCAAUGUAUCAGCCCAGGACAGGAACAGGACAACCUUUCUUCAGAAAUGGACAUCAACUCAGAGGAGGAAGAGAUCAUAUUUAGUUCUGAUGAAGAAGAUAAUAGUUCAGAUGCAAGCAAAGGAGAACUGGAUCAGCAAGACGAGAAGCAGAAUGACACAGGGGUGAAAACCAAGGUCUAUCACAUUGCCAGGGAAAUCAUGAGCUCGGAGAAAGUGUUUGUGGAUGUUUUGAAGCUUUUGCAUAUUGAUUUCCGGGAUUCAGUGAUCCAAGCAUCACGACAAUAUGGAAAACAAGUGAUUGAUGAUAAGACUUUGAACCAGAUCUUGUACUACCUGCCACAACUGUAUGAGCUGAACCGGGGGCUGCUGCGAGAACUAGAAGAGAGAAUGGCUCAUUGGGAUAAGUAUCAGAGAAUAGCUGAUAUCUUCAUGGAGAAAGGACCAUACCUAAAAAUGUAUUCAACCUACAUCAAAGAGUUUGACAAGAAUAUUUGUUUGUUGGAUGAACAGUGCAAGAAGAAUUCCACCUUUGCUGCAGUAGUCAGAGAAUUUGAGAUGAGCUCUCGCUGUGCAAACCUGGCACUCAAACAUUACUUGUUAAAACCUGUCCAAAGAAUUCCACAGUACAAGCUGCUUCUGACAGAUUAUGUAAAGAACCUGUCCAGGGAUUGUGCCGAUUUCAAAGACACCCAAGCUGCUCUCGCCAUUGUUGUGCAAGUAGCAAACCAUGCCAAUGACAUCAUGAAACAAGGGGAUAAUUUCCAGAAGUUGAUGCAAAUUCAGUAUAGCCUCAAUGGACAACAGGAGAUUGUUCAGCCUGGAAGGGUUUUCUUGAAGGAAGGAACCCUGAUGAAACUAUCCAGAAAGGUUAUGCAACCACGAAUGUUUUUUUUGCUGAAUGAUGUAUUACUAUACACUACACCAGUACAAUCUGUGACGUAUAAGCUUAACAACAUGUUGUCACUAGCAGGCAUGAAGGUCAGCAAACCAUCUCAAGAGGCCUACCAGAAUGAACUGAACAUAGAAAGUGUGGAACGAUCAUUCAUUCUGUCAGCAAGUUCAGCCGCAGAAAGGGAUGAAUGGUUAAAAGCUAUUUCGAAGGCCAUUGAGGAAUAUACGAAAAAAAGGAUAACAUUCACUGCCAGUAAAAGCCUUGAGGAAGAGCCAGAAAAUGCAGAAGCUAAUACACCUUUGGGCACUAAGGCACCUAUAUGGAUCCCUGACCCUCGCGCUACAAUGUGUAUGGUCUGCACGUGCGAUUUUACACUUACUUGGAGACGGCAUCAUUGUAGAGCAUGUGGAAAGAUUGUUUGUCAAGCCUGUUCUUCAAAUAAAUUUAAUCUGGACUACCUGAAAAACCGACCAGCCAGAGUCUGUGAUUACUGUUUUUCAGAACUGCAAAAGAGAGAAGUGCAAUCACCUGUUACAAAGACGAUGUCUCCAACUCACAAAUCCUCAAGUGCCCUCACCUCAGUGUUUCACAGCAUUCAGCAUUCUUCAGGACGGAAGCACAAAAAAAUUCCUGCAGCGCUGAAAGAAGUGUCAGCAAAUACUGGAGCUUCAUCUAUGAGUGGCUAUCUGUACAGGUCAAAAGGCAUUAAGAAACCCUGGAAACGGCUCUGGUUCGUCAUUCAGGAGAAGGUGUUAUACACUUAUGCUGCCAGUGAGGAUGUGGCCGCCUUGGAGAGCCAACCAUUGCUUGGAUUCACAGUUUCAGAAGUGCAAGAUGACCUUCCAGAACUCAAAGUGAUGUUUCAGUUGUUUCAUAAAAGAACGCUGUUCUAUGUGUUUAAAGCAGAUGAUCCCCACACUGCCAGAAGAUGGGUAGAAGUUUUCCAGGAAGCUACUGUACUAUAACAACAAAAUGGGUCCACGCUUGGUGGAAGGACUUCAAGAAAUAAUUUAGUGAAAACUACACUAAACUCAGGUGCUGGGAGUGUGGUGCUGACGUUUUAAAGGAAAGUGAAUAGAAUACUCAAACCCGCACUUAUUAGUAAAGAUUCAUCUCAGAUAGCAGAAUGAAUUGCAAAGAUUCUGCGUCAACCUCAAAAGCCCACACUCACUCUGUGCUCUUCAGUGUUCUGACCCAUAAGAAGAAACUUCAGCCACUGCAAUUUUCUACUGGAGAUCUGUAACAGACUAGGGAAUUUUCAAUAUUUUAUUGGUCUGGCUAUAUAUUUUGGAGAUAGAUCACCAAAACCUUUUAUUAUUAAGCCAUGAUAUGUUUCUGUGCUACAUUUGCAAAACAUGUCAAUGACUUUGAAAUCUAAAACCUUGAGAAUCAAAGAUCUGAUAUGCAGAUGAUGUAGCAAAUGGAAGUAUAAUUUGCUAUUCCUGAUGAUUUUGUGAGAUAAAUGAGUUCAUGGCAUGAUACUGGGAUUUGUAGAUCAGAAAGAUCAAGUUUGUUAAAUCUAGUUCAUCUGUGUUUAUGAUGACCAAGAUCAGUUCAGAUUCCCGUUACUGAACACUGCCAAUGCAUCUCAAAUGGAAAGUACAAAUGCAGGCAACAUUUAGCAUCCAAAGAUGCUAAAUAGAAACACUGAACUUAAUUAUGGUGCCUCAGACUUGAAAAAGACUGGAUUCCUACAGAAACGGGAAAAAAAGAAGAUAAUUUGGUGCCAGGUGUUAAUGACGCUGUAACCAAUGGGAGAUGGUGAUUGAAAGGAAAGAGGAGAAGCUGAGCAAAGAUGUUACCUGCUUGGCAUCAACACUAAUAUGGAGGCCCAGGACUGCUGGAAAUGUAAACACUAUUAGUAUGAGUUGAUGUCAUGUGUUAUCAAAAGUGAGACAUGAUUAUGAUUGUGUAGAUAGACACAACAAUCUGGAGUAACUCACCGGGUCAGGCAGCAUCUCUGGAGAAAAGGAAUAGGUGAAGUUUCGGGUCAAGACCCUUCUUCAGAUUGAAAUCAGUACAUGUUAACUCUUGUGAUUAUUAAAAUGUGCAUUUUAAGUCCAUCAAGAAGCUUGUUAAAAGCCACUCCAAUUUUGUUGUAUAUUUUAACUUUAUUCUAUUUUGCCUUAUUUAAUAUGGUGUAUGUAAAAUAUUUAAGGUAAAAUAGUUUGGUAAGGAUUUAUACAUGCUGGCAUGAGUUAGAUUUAUGUAUUUAUUUAACUGUAUUGUAUUGAGAAUCUGAUUCUUUGUGGAGCAAUGAUUAUAACACAUCAUACAGAAUUCAAAGUGCCAAUUUAUGUAAAAUACCCGUUAGAUUUUUCAACACUAUCUUUUUGUAAAUGUGUAGGAAGAUGAACACCAACAUUCUGGCUUAAGGGCUGGUGAAAUUCACCUUUUUAUGAAUGAAGGAAUUAACAAUUGAUACAUUUUCCAUUUUUAUAAACUCUAAAGCUGAAGCAAUUCAAGAAUUUCAUUGUCUUAUCAGGGACACAUGACAAUAAACUCACUUGAACUUGAACUCUAAAGUGCUAAUGGUGUAAUUCCUGACAGCAGAAAGCAGUACUUUAAAGCAAUACGAUUUGAAAUAGCUUCAUUGUUGAUGUACAAGUUUCUGCCUGUUCUGGGGGUUUGCAAGUUGGUGGCAAUUAUGCCCAAAUCACAAUGAUGCCCCAAACCCACUCUGAAAACUUGAGCACGGAAUUAGCCAGGCAAAUAACUAAAUGGUUUUUCUUCAAGGGAGAUCCUAUGAUUUGGUUGAGACAUUAAAUAGUUUUUUGAGGAAAUCGUUUUUUGAAGAAGGAUUGACCAAAAGCACACUCAAAAACAUUAACUGCUCAUCUCAUCUUAUUUCCAGUUUAUGGGAUCUUUUGUGAAUUCCAUCCAACCUGGGUAUCAGUAGCUAAGGAUUGAAUUUAGCACAAUACAAAUGAAGUUUUAAAAAUAAUAAUUCCAGGGUAUUUGCCUUAAUUACAUUGCUAAAAGCCCAUUCCAUGUUUUGAUCACAGUGUGAAGAAAAAUAUCAGUUAUACAUUUGAAUUGUAUUAGUUUGAGCCUAUGUCCAAUAAGAUCAGAAUUUAGAUGUAAUCUAUCUUUUCUACACUUAGUUUCUGAUUAUACCUCUGUGAUGUGCCUUGGACAUUUUUCUACAAUAAAGAUGCAAUGUAAAUACAAGCUGUUGUUUCAUCUCUUAAAACACUUGUGACAUCAAAUGUAGCAAUUAUGGUUGAAUUGGAUUUCCCUGCUGUUUGUGGAAAAUGUGUUAGAAGACUAAAACCACAGGUCUGACACUAAACUCAGUGAUCACACACCCUUCUGAAUGUUUUGGA